UUAGUUCAGGCAACAGAAAAGAUGCAUCGUUGCCUAGGAAGAACCAAUAAUGAUAGCGAAAAGUUAUCAAUCAGAAGAAAACUUAAAGAAAAGGAUAGUUUGCGGACAUCCGUAGAGGAAUGGGAAGCUGUUGCACGGAGGAAGUUUAACCACAGGUCUGCUUUUCUUACAUUACUUUCCCUCGAACCUGACGACAGUAUGAGGGUUGUGUCACUACCAUUGCGAUGCCCUGAUAGUACGAAUUCCUCAAGAUCUGGUCCUCGGGUGAAUGUGGAAAGCCUGCGUCUAUUCUAUACCAAACCACCAGAUCCACUCAAGGUCAUUCGACCAAAUGUGCCACAAGGUUCUCAGCUUCUUGGUAUUUAUUGUGGAAAAUCAUUUACAAAUGAAAUAUCUACUGUUCCUUCACCAAGACAGCUAUCUCCUAAUAAAGAAUUGGCAAAUGAAGCUACUAAAUGGAAUGAGCUUUCCUGGGAAUCUUGUCAGAAGUCAGUGACCUGCAGUGCUUCCUCAAGUAUGAUGGAAACUGGUUCUAGUUCUAAAAGCUUUGCAGAUUCAAUUAGUGGCAGUGAAAAGGUUGACAAUGUAAAGAGAAAUUCAAUAAAGAAGAGAAGAAAGAAGGGAAAAAAAGGCAAGAAGCUUUCAGGCGCCAGUAGCUCUACUGAACCUCACUCGCUGUCUGUGGAAUGUGCCAAUGGAAGCUCAGCUCCUGGAUCCUGUGGUAACAGUGGUGGGAGUGGGCACCAUGGGCCAGUAUUACUUUCAACUUCCCCAGAAGCUUUGUUGCCUGAGAGUGGGAUCAAGAAUGAAUCCCCAAAACCAUGCAUCUCUCAUCAGGAUGAACCACAAGCGGAUAUACAUUCUGUGGGUAAUUUGGGAAAUCAGGGUAUACUCCAAGAUUCUGAGUUUCCCAUUGAAGAUUGGGUAAUGAGUAUCCCUCAUAUAGAAAUGAAUCGUUGUAAUGAUCUCCAUGCCAGAGGUUACUCUGAUAUGGAUGACUCUUCUGUUUUGGAUUCAAUUUCAGUUGGUUCUUACUGUGAUGAUAGUGAUGGUCAAGAUGAAAAAUCUGCUGCGAAUGAAAUUCUCAAAAGCUAUGAUCAGUCAAGUUGCAGUUCUGGAGAGGGAUAUGUAUCCUGUCAAAGCUUUUCGAAUGAUGAUUUAGAUACCGAUGACAGUAGUGAGAGAAUGAGGCAGGUGCUGUCUCCACCAAUCUACCUGCCUCAUUUAAUUUGUAAGGUGGGAAAUCAAGCACCAAAAGAAACCUCGCUUGCCGAAAGCAGCAGGGUAAAUAUUAGUUCCAGUUUGACUCAUGUACAUUCGGAUGAACAAGCUGAUAAGAGCUGGACUCCCACAGACACUGCAAAAGGGAUUACUCAAAAUAUUAGUUCCGGAGAAGUAGCAGUCUGUGUAGGUCAAAGUUCUGGAUAUUUAACUUGUUAUUCCAAUACAACUGAGGACAUGCUUCAAAAUUUAGGGUAUCAGGAUGCAAGCCCAACUGAAGAGCUAGAAGACAAGCCUAUAGCAGCUAAAGUCUUGAAUUUUGAAUCAAGAGAUAUGAAUGCAGUUGAAGCUGAGUCAAACAGAAUCUUAGAAGCAGUGAACAAUGCUUGCCGGGCGCAACUGGCAUCUGAAGCUAUUCAAACGGUCACUGGGGUUCCAAUUGCUGAAUUUGAGAGGAUUCUGUAUCAUUCAUCCCCAGUUCUUCAUGAAUAUCCCAAUUUAAUAAGGUGUCAAACUUGCUCAAGGAACCAGGUACCAGGUUCUCGAGUUUGCAGUCAUGAGAGAACUAACAUCUCUCUAGGAUGCCUAUGGAAGUGGUACCAGAGAAAUGGGAGCUAUGGAUUGGAAAUUAGGGCAGAAGAAUUGGGAUCAAAGGGACUGGGAGCUGAUCGUGGUGCAUUUCAUGCUUAUUUUGUUCCUUACUUGUCAGGGAUUCAGCUUUUCCGGAGCUGUAAGAGUGAUUCAGUACAAACUUCAGCUCCUUCCAAUGAUGCUAUCCAGACAAGCGACUUGGAGCUGCUUUUUGAAUAUUUUGAAUCUGAACAGCCUCAACAGAGACAACCUUUGUAUGACAAGAUAAAGGAGCUGAUUAGAGGCGAUCAACCAGAUUCAUAUGUUUAUGGAGAUCCAACGAGUCUAGAAACGAUAAAUCUAAAUGAUCUCCAUCCCAGAUCCUGGUAUUCAGUGGCAUGGUAUCCUAUCUACAGAAUACCUCAUGGCAACUUGCGUGCGGCCUUUCUGACAUACCAUUCACUUGGUCAUUUGGUCCUUAGAAGUGCCCAUUUUGAGUCUCCAGGUGUGGAUGCACAUUUAGUAUCUCCAGUUGUGGGUCUUCAAAGUUACAAUGCUCAGGAUGAAUGCUGGUUCCGGGCAAGGCACUCAGGACCAAGACAGACAACUGCAACACCUGGGCCAGGCGUAAACAGUUAUGGUGGAGUUUUGGAGGAGCGUCUGAGAACGCUUGAGGAGACGGCAUCAAUUAUGGCAAGAGCUGUUGUGAAGAAAGGAAGUAUGCCAACUGUAAACAGGCAUCCGGAUUAUGAGUUCUUCCUUUCCAGGCGUCGGUAGCUGGUGCCAGUACAAUUCUUCAUUUUAACAACUCAUUCAGUGGUAUUCAAAUUUCCUAAUUGUUAUAGCAUCUAACCUCAUAUGCAGGGAGAGAGGUAAUUUAUGUACCUUAUAAGCUAGUUCCAUAUGUACAUAAAACUUUUCCUUCCAGCAUUUGAGUGACUAAAAUAUAAAGGAAAAUGCAACUUUCUCGAGUGCUUUAGAAGAUCAUGAAGCUUUAUCCAGUUAGCAGUCAAGUCUCUUGUUAAUGUAAAACAGUAAUUGCAAAUGUUAGUGUAUAGUUCACUUUCAACUUUCAAGACAGUUUCUACUAAUGUACUAAAGAAAUUUCAGGCCCUAAAUUUUUCUUUCUGCCCAUAUUUUCAUAUAGAUUUUCUACUAAAUCUGUUGCCGACUUGGAGUUGUU